GCGACCCCGGAAGUGGGGCCCGAAGAUGGCGCUGGUGGAGGGCGUCGGGGACGAGGUGACGGCGCUGGCGGCGCUGGUGGCGGCGGUGGGCCUGCUGGGCCUGGCCUGGUUCUCCACGCGGACCGGCGAGCGGGGGGAGGCCGCCCUCCCCGAGGGAAGCCCGACCCGAAGGGAGCCCCAGCCCCGCCCGGACCGGCAGGAGGAGGAGGAAGAGGAGGAAGGGGAGGAGGAGGAGGAGGAAGGAGGAGGCCCGGCGGGGUCCCCCUUCGUGCUGCGGCUCAAGUUCCUCAACGAGACGGAGCGGCUGGCCCGGGUUCGGCCCAGGGACACGGUGGGCGCCCUCAAGAG